AUGGCGGCAACGACUCCAGCAAUUCCUCUCCCAACGGGCCCUGGAGGCAUGCCAGGCGAAAUAUGGAACUUGCCUGCGCUUCCACCGCCUCCGGGCCAAAAGUCGAAUUUCGUCAACCCGGAUUCCCGAGACACCGAGCUGAUCGUCAUGAAUGCCGUGUUUCUGAGCGCGACAGCCGUGGCAGUGGUGGUGCGUUUUGUCGCACGCCGGAGUGCGAAGGACGUGGUGGGCUGGGAUGGCAUCAUGUGUAUUAUUGCGACGCUCGCAUCGGCUGCUCAUAGCGGACUUAUGAUCUCCGAUCUCGACAUUGGCUACGGCAAGCACUUGUGGGAUAUCCGCGCAGUGACGUUGACGCGCCCAAAUCUUUUGAGGCUCAACCAGCUAUCCGCGCUGUACAUCAUCGCCAUUUGCUUUGCCAAACUGUCGGUCUUGCUACUUUACUUUCGAUUCUUCCACGUCGUCGACUUUACUCGCCAUCUCAUUUGGUUCGGCAUCUUCUUUACCCUUUUCUCGUCUGCGGCAUUCAUGGGCCAUGAGAUUGCGCAGGCUAUGCUGUGCAUGGGUAUCUCCGCCGUGACAAACAGUUUCUGCCAAGCAGUCAACAAAGUCGUUGUGAUCCAGGCAGCCGUCAAUGUCUUACUCGACUUUUACAUUCUGGCCAUUCCGCUCCAGCAAGUGUACAAGCUCAACAUGAAUUUUCAGAGGAAGCUGGGAGUUGCUGCUGUCUUUGGAGUCGGUCUUGUGGCGUGUAUUGUCAGUGUAGUGCGGAUGGGGUGGUCAAUCAGAAACUUGAACGAGUCAGAUCAUUUCUGGGCUGCUGUCCUGACGUCGGAGAUGACGAUUGUUGAGAUCAAUACGGUCAUCAUCGCGCCGUGUCUUGUCUUCGCGCCCGCUUUUGUCAAGCGCAGCAGAAGCGGACUGUCGAGUCUUCGGACACGACUAGUCAGCAGCGGGCAGAGGACACCAUCGAAAGACUCGCUGUCAGUCAUAUACGAGGGACCACACGACGAGAUACGGAAACCCGAAGUCGUUCCGCUGCAGUUUGUCACAGCGACUGAAGGCUACGUGGAACCCAGGAAGCCUGACUCCGUACACAGUCGGUAG